UUUGGAGGGUAAUAUUUUCAUUUAUUUUUCCCAUCUCUUCUUGCUAGCAACGCCUCCAGUCAGGACGCUUUCGGCGGGUUCCGUUAAAAUGGCUGUUACUGAGAGUGGAAACCCAAAGCAAGAACAAUCGUAGUGGGUACAACUGCAUCCAGUAGUAUCGCUGGUGUCUGAUAAGGAAAAUAAAUGACUGCAACGCAAUGGCUGCCCUAGAUCAAAAGUCCCCCAACGUCCUCCUUCAAAGUCUCUGCUGCAGGAUCACUGGGAAGAGCGAAGCUGAAGUAGCCCACCAGUUCCAGUAUGCUGUGAGAGUCGUCGGGAGUAACUAUGCUCCCACCAUUGAGAGGGAUGAGUUCCUAGUGUCAGAGAAGAUCAAAAAAGAACUGCUGAAGCAGAGGAGAGAGGGUGACGCUGCCCUGUUCUCUGAGCUCCACAGAAAGCUGCAGACUCAGGGGGUGCUGAAACACAGGUGGUCCGUUUUAUACCUGCUGCUCAGUCUCUGUGAGGACCCCAGGAAACCGUCCAGGGUUGGCAGCUAUGGGGCGCUGUUUGCCCAGGCCCUCCCCCGGGACGCCCACUCCACCCCGUUCUACUGCACCCGGCCUGGGAGCCUGCCCCUCAGCUACCCCGAGCGCUCGGGGCCCGGGGGCGUCCAGAUCUCCACCAGCAUGGGCACCAGUGGCAUCAGCAGCCUGGGGGUGUACUCCCUCAACGGGCCCACACCCACCCCUCAGCCCCUGCUGGCCGGACACCCACCCCAGACAGCAGGGCAGCAGCUGGGCUCUCGGCUGGCGUGGGCCCUCCCCAACACCUCCGCCCUGGCACCUACCUCACGGGCCCCGCUCGGCCCCCCACCCCUGUCCACCCGGGCCCCCAGGCCACGCCAUGACGGGGACCUCACUGCGGAGGUUGGUGAGGCUGCGCUGGUCCGAGACAUCCUGUAUGUCUUCCAGGGGAUCGACGGCAAGUUCAUUAAGAUGAGCAACACAGACAACUGCUACAAGAUCGACUCCAAGGUCGUGCUCUGUAAGUCUCUAAGGGACACCAGUAACCGAUUGGCUGAGCUGGGCUGGCUCCACAACAAGAUCAGGAAGUACACUGACUCGCGCAGUCUGGACCGAGCCUUCGGCCUGGUGGGACAGAGCUUCUGUGCCUCCCUGCAUCAGGAACUGAAGGAAUACUACAGACUUCUGGCAGUGCUGCACUCACAGUUGCAGGUGGAGGAUGACCAGGGAGUGAACCUGGGAGUGGAGAGCAGUCUGACCCUCAGACGUCUCCUAGUCUGGACCUACGACCCUAAAGUCCGCCUCAAAACCCUGGCUGCCCUCGUUGACUUCUGCCAAGGGAGGAAGGGAGGUGAACUGGCGUCAGCGGUCCAUGCCUAUGGGAAGACAGGGGACCCUCAGAUGAGAGCUCUGGUGCAGCACAUCCUCAGCCUGGUGUCACAUCCCAUCCUCAACUUCCUCUACCGCUGGAUCUACGAUGGAGAGCUGGAGGACACUUAUCAUGAGUUCUUUGUGGCGUCUGACCCCACGGUGAAGACAGACAGACUGUGGCACGACAAGUACUCACUGAGGAAGUCCAUGAUACCCACCUUCAUCACCAUGGACCAGGCCCGCAAGGUUCUGCUCAUUGGAAAGUCCAUUAACUUCCUGCAUCAGGUGUGCCAUGACAGAACCUCACCAGGGAAAAUCACCCCGGCCUCCAAGUCUACAGGCUCCCCCAAAGAUGCUGCAGAGCUGUUAUCAGACCUGGAGGGGGCGUUCCAGGGGAAGAUAGAUGCAGCCUACUUUGAAACCAGCAAGUACCUGCUGAAUGUCCUCAACCAGAACUAUCUGCUGCUGGAGCACCUGCAGGCCAUGAGACGAUACCUGCUGCUGGGCCAGGGAGACUUCAUACGCCAUCUCAUGGACCUGCUAAAACCAGAGCUGGCCCGCCCAGCCACCACUCUGUACCAACACAACCUGACAGGCAUCCUGGAGACAGCCGUGAGGGCCACCAACGCCCAGUAUGACAACGCUGAGAUCCUCAAGAGACUGGACGUACGCCUGCUGGAGGUGUCUCCCGGGGAUACGGGCUGGGACGUCUUCAGUUUAGACUACCACGUAGAGGGUCCUAUCGCCACGGUGUUCACACGGGAGUGCAUGAGCCACUACCUGCGCGUGUUCAACUUCCUGUGGCGAGCCAAGCGUAUGGAGUACAUCCUCACUGACAUCUGGAAGGGACAGAUGUGCAACGCCAAGCUGCUUAAGAGCAUGCCAGAGCUGUCUGGCGUGCUGCACCAGUGCCACAUCCUGGCCAAUGAGAUGGUCCACUUCAUCCACCAGAUGCAGUACUACAUCACCUUCGAGGUGCUAGAGUGUUGUUGGGAUGAGCUGUGGAACAAGGUAGAGAAGGCCCAGGAUCUAGACCACAUCAUCGCUGCCCACGAAGGAUUCUUAGACUCUGUGAUUUCCCGCUGCCUACUGGACACUAACAGCAGGUCCUUGUUGAACCAGCUGAGGGCAAUCUUUGACCAGAUCAUAGAGUUCCAGAGUGCCCAGGACUCUCUGUACCGCUCUGCCCUGGAGGAACUCACCCUGCGGCUGCAGUACGAGGAGCGGAAGAAGCAGAGGGAUUCUGAGGGUGAGUGGGGCGUGACAGCUGAACAGGAGGCAGAGGAGAAGAGGAGGAUCCAAGAGUUCCAGGAGACCAUACCAAAAAUGCGCUCUCAGCUGCGGAUACUAACACACUUCUACCAGGGCAUAGUGCAGCAGUUCCUGGUGCUGAUAAUGACUAGUCCAGACGAGAGCCUACGCUUCCUCAGCUUCAGACUGGACUUCAACGAGCACUACCGGGCCAGAGACCCCCGUCUGAGGGCCUCACUGGGGGCCACCAGGGGCCGGCGGCCCUCCAACAUCUGACCUGACGCACACCACCAUGUCACAACAUAGGGACAGAGAGCCACACAGAAUCUGCCUUGAUACUAUUUAUAUAUGACAUGAAGAUGACAUUAAAGUAGGGCUAGAUGGAAUCUGUUGUGAUGACAUCACAAUAGAACCAGACAGAACAUUGACAUCACAAAAGAGCCAGACAGAAUCUGUUGUGAUGACAUCAUAAUAGAGCCAGGUGGAGAGAAUGCCGCAUUCAAAACAACUAGGAACUCUGAAAUCUCCGACUUCAGUGCGUUCAAAACAACUGUGAACUUGGUAAAAAAACAAGCUCCAACUGGGAAAAAUCUUUUUGAACGGUCAUCCAACUCGUAAUUCCAAGUCAGGAACUCGGGCCUCUUUCCAGAGCUCCGACUUUCCGACCUGAAGAUCACUGACUUCAUGAUUUGACCUAGUUUUUUUCAGAAUUCCCAGUUGUCUUGAACAGACAACAGACAACUGGGAAUUCUGAAAAAAACUAGGUCAAAUCAUGACGUCAGUGGUCUUCAGGUCAUAAGUCGGAGCUCUGGGAAGAGACGCCAAAGGAGGAUGAUGUAGUGGUGACUUCACAGAUUCCAUUUGGCCCUGCAUUUUAACACCUCAAGACAAAUAGGGCUAACUGGGAUUCAUUUCACUAUGACAUAAACAAACAGAACAUUUUGAAACCCUGCCUCCUCCCCCAAUGUCAUUGGCAAAUGACUCACACAAACAAACACACACGCUCAAUUCACCAUACACACACACAUCCACGUUUCCCACUCUUUCACAGUCCCCUCUUGGGAGAUGUGGUUUUAGAAACCUGUCAUUUUAGUACUCUGCCUCCAGCAUCCAGCUGUGUUCACCCUCACCUCUUCGAGGUGUCUGAUAGGCUACCAUCACCGUGUGAAUUUCAUAUUGUACAUUUAAUAAUGAACAGAAUGUCUUGAUUUGAUUGGUUUGUUUACAUGUUCUGUGAAUAUUUUGUUUCGUUUUUCUUACUGACGUUUUUCAUACCAGUGUCUUAAAGUCUGCGGUGUGUUUUAUAACUGUUAAUAAACACUGUUAUAGCUGUUUAGCAACUGUAUUAUGGAACCAACACAGCAGGCUCCCACCCACCUCUCUAAAGAGAUUCAAGAAUAAUGCCCACAUCCCCUAAGGCUAAAAGAUGGACAGACGUUAGGAUUUUAAUAGUGUUUUGUAUUAUUUAGCUGGGUUUCUCUUGAUUCUCCUUGCAGACUGUGGCCUCUGUUCUGCAUGUCAAACUGUCAUGUUGAACCAGCUCAAUUCCUUAAUUGUACAAGACAGAUUUGUCAAAUGUGUUGCACCCAACUUAUGCCACUUUUCUCUCCUGACCACUCAGACAAACCUGGGAAAAUACUUUUGUCAUACUGCGACAUUAAACCUUGAAGAAGCUACAAGUGGAAUGGUAACUGUAUGGUGACAUAACUAGCCUUUCAAAACCUUUCUAUGAUGGAGUAUACUGUAGUAUUCGGGUGCGUCUCAAUAGUCAAAGGUGGCUUCCUCGCCUCCCUUCCCUUGUCACUGAUCUGAAAGCGACAUGGAAGACGCUUACCAGGACUUGCUUUCAUUCACCUGUCUGCAGAGCAGAUGAAGGGAAGGAGGCAAUGAAGCUAUUGGAUGCGUCCUAAAUGGCACCAUACAUAAUAGGGUGCCAUUUGAGAUGCUGAGUUAGAGAUGCACCCUUUAGUGUUUUAACCCCUCCAAGCAGGCUCCCCUGUCUUUCUUUCCAAUCACAAGUUCUCAUCAGGGCGUGCCAAGAGAAGAUGCUACCGGAAGACCUCUGUCUGUAAAUCCUGUCCAUUGUAUAGCACAGAUGUAUAGAAAUGACAUGCAAUGGACACAAACAUCCUGUCAUCUCUUUAAUAAUAAAGUCAAGUUUUUUAA